CACAGAGACAGCUUGCUUCUGAAUACGAAGAAGCAAACACUAAUUCGUUUGCUUUCAUCAAAGACAAAAUGCUUACCUAUUUCUAGCACCAUUUAUAAGAUCUCGAAACUCACAUUUCCCGUGUAAGACUCUUCAAUCUGGUUUACCGGUUGUACUUGAACAGAUGUUGGUUGAAUUGCACUACCGUUCAAGCACGAUGCUUUUACUUUCGGGCUUCAACAGUCAACAUCACAAGUCAUAUCAUUAUCACUGGCCCCAUUAUCAGUACAAAUAACUAUAAUUCAUCAGCAAAAUGCUGAGCAUCACACGACAAAGUACAGCCUUUGCCUUGUACAAAAAGUGUGAACAUUGGCCAAACUUGCUCACCAAGGCAAAACGACGAAGGAAAAUCAACUUUCCCAGUCACAUUGGCAGUUUCUAUACUUUGUAAAAAGCUUGUAUCCGCUUUCUGCUUCUCGCGAGAUACAUGGCCUUUGGGUUAUCCAUGGAUCUAGACCAGCCUGAACAGCAAUUUACAUCACUAUAUUCUUCCCACGACACGUUGCCGGCACCAAAGUUAUGUUGAAUGAAUAUCAUCUGUGAUAUUUCUUCUACACAGACUUGGAUCUUAAUUUAAUGGGCAGCUUCACAUCGUAUCAAGUCUUGCCAUCGCUAAUCAUACUCCCAACGACCAAAGGAAGGUUUUCAAGAUUUUCGCUUAUACAGAGUUUACCGAUGUUUUAAACAAAGAAAGUAACGAACCAGCAAAACCUAGCGGUGCAAAUAGAGGUUUAAACUUAUUUUCUUUACCAGUCGACAAAAAGAGUUUAUCAAGAUGUUCUUUAUAUACCAGGGCUCCCCCGAGUCCUGUCUCUGCUGUCUCUACUACUCAAAUCAUCUCCCACCUCUCUAAUCCCCUUUCAACUUAUACUUUGUUGCCUCAUCAUGGACUCCGCACCCAUGCUUACCGCAAUGCUUUCAGCAGCAUUUCAGCUGGGACCUCCCACAGGAUUCUCCCCAGCAGCUCUCCCAGUGUCUAUACCAGCGGCUCCUCCAGGGUUUCUGUCAGCGCCUCCCCCAGGACUUCCACAAGAGCCUGCAUUCGGAGCUCCACCAGUCUUCCCACCACCCCUUCCACCAGUGUUUCUUACAAGCCGAUCCAAUGCAGAACGCCAAGUAGAGGCACUUCAAGUCAUGGACUCGCGACCAGCUCAUCACUUUACUCGACUCGAGAUUGCAGCACUCUGCAACUUGCCUCACAGGGCCUUCACGGAUGGAGAUUUCCGAUUGCCAAGAGGAAACACCCUUCACAAUGGCCUGAAAGCGCUACUCGCUCUUUUUUUCGAGAGGCCCGCUUCAGACACUGAAGUAAGCCGUAGCCAAGCGUCCACCACACCAACUUCAUUUGACAGCCUGGAGAAUCAUCCCCGCAACACCACGGCUAAGUUUAGACUUACAUAUUCCCACAACGCGCAAGGAGUCCGCGACGUUCGAGAGGCUAGCACAGGUGCCUGCCUGAUCACACAGUCUGAACAUAUUACGGUUUCCUACAUCUGCCCAUUUAGGUUCAACAAUACCAGAGAGAACCUAAACCAGGCUCGAAACGUUAUUGACACCGCUUGCAUGUUUCUGCCAAAGGACCGUCACGAUGCUCUGGAGGCGCUUCUCGCAGGCGGGCUUGGCUCGUCUGACAGAACGUUCAAUAUGCUACGCAUGAAUCCUUGGGUUGCAUUUUGCUGGCGCAAAUGCAACUUUGCCCUUGAAUGGGUAGGCUCAAGAGGCCCCUUGUCAGUUGAAGACGACGUCGGGCCAUUUGCCCACGAGUGGUCCAGAGCCUACUUGCGAGUGCACGUUCUGAAUCAAGUCGGAAGAAACAUGGACGAGAUCAUCGACAAUGCUAGCAUGGGCUUCUUCGAUGAGAUGUUUUCUGUCUAUGGUGGCCAGUUUAACCCCGUUGAGAGCAUGAGACUGGCCUCAGGUAUUGAACUUGAAAGCCAUCUUUUCCUAGACGUGUGGACGCCGCACAGGAGUCUUGUCUUUACCGAUGUGAAAACAGCGGACUUGGAAAAUAUGAAGCUCAUGAUUGAUUUGCAAUUUGCUCUUGUUUCCACAUUUAGAAUGGCGGGUGGCAUCGACCCCCAGGAAUGCCCACACAAUGAAGAACCACUUCCCAACAUAGAUACAAUUGCGCCGCAAUUGUACUCGCAUCCAGAAGCAGGGCCCAGUGGGUUACUGGAGGAUGAAGAGGGUGAAGAAUAUGAAGAAGGCGAAGGAUAUGAAGCGGGUGAAGAAGAUGAAGAAGAUGAAGCUGGAUACUGGGAAUUCCUAGAAGAUGGGUAUUACUACCCCUAUUAGUAUCCUUUGGGCUAUUGGAUACAUAUUUGUCCACAUUGUACAAUUUGUGUAAAAAUACAUGUACACACAAGCGUUUCAAGUCAAACUAUACUUGACAUAGCAAAGCAUAUACCUUACAUAGACAGACUAAAAUGAAAAAAAAAAGAAUGUAUAUAUUACAAUAAAA